CACUCUUCUGAGAGGAGAGACCAAGCCAGCCUUUCUACUCUAACAGUAUCGCCAACUCUUGGACAGAAUGAAACUUUGGACAUGUUUUCUUUGAGGCUAUUGAAGCAUAGCUGUUGUGAAAUCUAUUGGAAUUUGAUUAAAUGUGUACAGGAGAGAGAGACCGGGACAGACCGAGCGGGAGGGAAUGAGCGAGGGAGAGGGGUGUGUGGUUUUGGCUGGGAUAAGAGAAGAGAUGGUUGGUCAGGAAUCUGGCUGAAGGACAGUGGGAGGAGGAACACAUGAUGUUCAGAAGUCUCUCAGAGGAACUGAAGCUCUCUUCGAGCCUAUGCUUUGGUACGCUCCCCUUGCCCCAGGCUGUGUGCCAUGCUCUGGAGUGCUGUGUCCCCAUGCCAGGCGAGUCUGCCCUGGGGGACAUGUCACUGAGCCGUGUGGCUGCUGCCCACAGUGUGCCCGUCAGAUGGGCCAGGUGUGUGGAGGCCCCCACUGGGAGAAAGGCUAUUGUGACAGAGAUCUCACCUGCACCCUGUUCACCGGACGCAGCCCUGCCAGACCCCCACACACCGGCGUGUGCAAAGUGUUACUUGGGCAUCAGGCAGACCCCCUGGCAGACCCCCUAUGCCCCUGGAUGUGGGGCUGCAACGUCAGGGCAGGGGCCUGUGACUGCUACUCCCUACAGACUUGCCACGCUGCCUUCUCCUAUCACAGUUUGGACCAAUGUCUCAAAACAAUGAGAGGGGAUGAGCUCUGGAGCGAGAUGGAGGAACAAGGGGAGCAUACAUGUGUGGAAUGGGGCUGUGAGUUGCAGGGAAGCCAGUGUGUGUGUAUGGAGAGGAGCUGCUACUCACCCACACCAUUAUUCUCUGAAGACACCUGUGAAAACAUGCUGCAGAGAGCUCGCUGCAGCAAUGUUAAAUGCCCUGAGGUCCAAGACCCUUCCUGCCCUGCUGAUUCCUUCCUCACUGAGCCUUACAUUCCUCAUGGCCAAUGCUGCCCCCUGGUGCCAGCUAUCUGCACAUGCAACUUCGAUAAAUGCCCGUUGGCACCCCCGACCUGUCCUCCUGGCCAGCAAGUCCACGGUGUGGAGAGCAGGGAUGGUCUUCCAGGGGCUUGUUGCCACCAGUACCAAUGUGUGUAGGGUUAGGCACUGCUUAGGCAGCAAAGUUUGAUGAGAUGAUGACAGACAAAGAGAAAAAAGGAGAGAAGGGGUAGACAGGCCAAAGGAAAGUGCCAGGACCUCAAACAGAGCUGGACUCGACAGACAGGACUCCACUGGUUAAUAGCUGAUGGAUUGCAUGGGCAAUUUUAUAUGCAUUAUGACUCACACAUUGCCUACAGUUUUAUUUCUGAAAUCAUGGCAUUAAUCGCUUUUUUGAGCAACGUUGCCUAAAUGUAACUAAAACCAUUUAACUAAAUUCUAAUACAUUGUAAUACAUCACUGAUAAUGGGUUGGGAGGAAUAGGCUACUGUGCCCGUGGUAGGAUACUGGAUGUCAUGUGCAUAUUUUCAUAAUAAAGGAAACAAUAGACCCCUC